CUCUGUGAAAAAGUUACCACUGGAGUUACUACUGACAAAAGUACUGUCUUGGCAAGUGUAAUUGCUGCUUGCAGAAGGCUUUUCUCUCAACCUCCCAAAGGAUUUGAAAAAUAUUUUCCCGGUGGGAAGAAAGCUAGUGGAGCUAAAGGUACAGCUGGAGAAACAAAAGAAGCAAAGCAGGCUAGUGCCCGGCAGCCUAGUGGGACUAGUAGUGGAGGAGGCGGCAGUGGUGGAAAAAAAGGUGGCAAGAAAGAAGAAACUAACUGGUGGACCAGAUUACAGAAGGGUGACAUUCCAUGGGAUGUCAGGGAGUUUCGGAUGUACGUAGUAGGAAGUUCUUUUUUCUGGACAAUGGUGGUAUAUUACUUCUUCUUCAGGGUCCCUGGGAGAGAAAUCACCUGGAAAGACUUUGUCAAUAACUACCUUUCUAAAGGAGUGGUGGACAGACUUGAAGUUGUGAACAAGCGCUUCGUUAGAGUGAUCUUUGUUUCAGGAAAGUCUCCUCAUGAAUGGCAGUACGUCUGGUUUAAUAUUGGUAGUGUGGACACUUUUGAACGGAAUCUUGAAGCUGUGCAGCAAGAUCUGGGAAUAGAAGUGGAGAACAGAUUGCCUGUAGUCUACUCAACAGAAAGUGAUGGGUCAUUUCUCCUGAGUUUGCUGCCUACAAUCCUGAUUAUUGGUUCUUUACUGUACACGUUAAGAAGAGGUCCUGCAGGCUUAGGUCGAACAGGGCGUGGAAUGGGUGGACUUUUCAGUGUGGGUGAAACCACAGCGAAGGUCCUUAAGGAUGAAAUAGAUGUGAAGUUCAAAGAUGUAGCUGGCUGUGAGGAGGCCAAAUUAGAGAUCAUGGAGUUUGUUAACUUUCUGAAAAAUCCCAAACAAUAUGAGGAUCUGGGAGCAAAAAUUCCAAAGGGGGCAAUUCUGACAGGUCCUCCAGGUACUGGGAAAACACUGCUAGCUAAAGCUACAGCUGGAGAAGCUAAUGUACCAUUUAUCACAGUCAAUGGCUCGGAGUUCUUAGAGAUGUUUGUUGGUGUGGGUCCAGCUCGAGUUAGAGACCUAUUUGCCCUUGCUCGUAAAAAUGCCCCGUGCAUUCUCUUCAUUGAUGAAAUAGAUGCAGUAGGAAGGAAAAGAGGAAGGGGCAAUUUUGGAGGACAAAGUGAACAAGAGAACACACUUAAUCAACUGCUAGUAGAAAUGGAUGGAUUUAAUACAACCACAAAUGUAGUAAUUUUGGCAGGUACUAACAGGCCAGAUAUUUUAGACCCUGCUCUGAUGAGACCAGGACGCUUUGACAGGCAGAUUUACAUCGGUCCCCCAGAUAUAAAAGGAAGAGCAUCUAUUUUCAAAGUUCAUCUUAGACCUCUGAAGUUAGACACAGUCUUAAAUAAAGAUAAUCUAGCAAGAAAGCUCGCAUCACUAACACCUGGCUUUUCUGGUGCUGAUAUUGCUAAUGUUUGUAAUGAAGCUGCUUUAAUUGCUGCAAGGCACCUCUCAGAUGCUAUAAACCAAAAGCAUUUUGAGCAGGCAAUUGAAAGAGUUAUUGGAGGUUUGGAAAAGAAAACUCAAGUACUGCAACCAGAGGAGAAAAAGACAGUAGCCUAUCAUGAGGCGGGGCAUGCAGUUGCAGGGUGGUUUCUGGAACAUGCUGACCCACUCUUGAAGGUAUCUAUUAUCCCACGUGGUAAAGGACUGGGUUAUGCUCAGUAUUUACCCAAAGAACAGUAUCUUUAUACCAAAGAGCAGCUACUUGACAGAAUGUGCAUGACUCUCGGAGGACGGGUGUCUGAGCAAAUCUUCUUUGGAAGAAUUACAACUGGUGCCCAAGACGACUUGAAGAAGGUGACCCAGAGUGCAUAUGCUCAGAUUGUUCAGUUUGGCAUGAAUGAAAAAGUAGGUCAGAUUUCCUUUGACCUCCCUCGCCAAGGAGACAUGGUAUUAGAGAAACCUUACAGUGAGGCAACUGCCAGAUUGAUAGAUGAAGAAGUGCGGUCACUAAUUAACAUUGCUUAUGAGAGAACACUGAAUCUUCUGACUGAGAAGAAAGCCGAAGUGGAGAAGGUUGCCCUACGACUACUGGAGAAGGAAGUACUGGAUAAAAGUGAUAUGCUAGACUUGCUUGGGCCAAGACCAUUUGCCGAAAAAUCUACUUAUGAAGAAUUUGUUGAAGGCACAGGAAGUUUGGAUGAGGAUACAUCACUACCAGAAGGCCUUAAAGACUGGAACAAAGAGCGUGAGAAAGAGAAAGAAGAGACAGCAGAUGAACAGGUUGCUAGGCAGAUCAAAGGAGGGAUGCCAUUUUAACUGCAAAGUGUGUGGUGAUGUUGACUUGCACUCUGGAACAGAAACAAACUCACCUAGUCUGUACUUCAAAAAAAAAAAAAGUAUUUAUUCAAGCAGACUGUAUUAGGGAUGGGUGGAAGAGUGAUCUCUUGUCAUGAGAUAAGGAUAUUUUGCUGCCAAUUUCCAUAUGUGAUAUCAUCAGUUCACUGGUAAAACAUGAUCAUCUUUCAUUUGUCAGCUGAAGAACAAUAUGUUGGAUUUGAGCUGCAGUGGAAUGCCGGAACCGAGCCUCUCCAACUUUGAAACAGUUCAGAUUCGUGCACUGUGGCACUGGUCUCUCCUGUUUUAAAAUGUAUGUACGCUUA